AUGAAGGGAGAUGUUCAGUCUGUGGAAGACAUGAUUAAAAUCGGUGCCUGUGUCAACCUGGCAGAUAAUGCAGGGUGGACGCCUCUUCAUGAAGCAGUGUUGCACAAGCGCUAUACCAUUGUAGAGAUUCUGCUUAAAGCUGGAGCUCAAGUCAACCCUGCAGGAUACAAUGGAUUCACACCUUUGCAUGAUGCAGUACAUCUUGGUGACCUUGAGACUAUAGAUCUGCUCUUGAAACAUGGUGCUGAUCCCCUUCUGAAGAACAAGAGGGGAGAAGCUGCUGUAGACUUGAAUAAAGACAUGAAUAUACAGGAACUACUGGAAAAAUAUCUACCAACUAUCAAAAGACAAUGCUUAUCAGCUCAAAGUGUAUCAUGUUCCACUUCUUGUGCAAAAAGUGGAAACAAUGAGCAUUGUCAAAGGGCAACACAAUUUGCUAAUAAAGAUGAAGCACAAAACAGUCAAGAGAGCUGUGAAAUUGAAGCUUGUGAUGGUCCUGAUGCACAAGAAACACAUAACUCCUCCACAAAAGCAAGGGCCUCUCCUAAAGCUGAGGUGUUCUCUCCUUAUUUCUUAGUGAAGUCUUCACUUCAAGCUAUGCCCCCACUAAGAGACCAAGCAAAGGACUCCAGUAUGUGUGGCUCUUUACUGGUUCAAGAUCAGGAGAUUCUGGGGUCAGAUGCCUCAUCCUCUAAAGCCAGUGAUGUUGAGAGUGAUAUCACUGUGGAUUACAUAGAGGCUCAUUCAUCAUCACCUGGACACUGGUUUUUGAGUGCCACUCAGGAUUUCUCUGGAUCCAUAAGUUAG